UUAAACGUAAAUGGGUCAAAUGCCUGUUUUUUUCCAGUUUAAACCAGUUUAGUUCAGUAUCAGCUAUAAAUAAUACAACGUGUCGUAUCAUAUACAUUAAGAAGUUAGUUCAGUAAGGCAGUUGCUGGCAGAAAACACAGUAUUUCGGCAUAUGAUUAAGCAAUUGUUGACAUUCAAGGGCCCAGUUGUACAUCACAACAGAUAAAAACAGAGAUGACUGUUGGUGAUUUUGAAAUGCUACGAGAAAGGGAUAAAUGUGUCGGAGCAGCCUGUAUGUUGUCUUGCAGAUAAAAAACAUCGUUGAAGGUGACAAGUCAAAAAGAUUAUCAACACAAGUUCGAGAAUCACCAGCAAGCUAGUUAAAUCGGUUUCGUUUUUUGAAAUUUCAUUCUUGUUUUUUUUAUGGCGUACAUAACAAUUCUUCACGGAAGCAAACUACUUUCAUUAUGAAAAAAUACGAACAUGUUUAAAUACAAAAUUAUACCUGUUAUUGUGAGAGGCCAUGAGAAGGUACCCAUGGUGGGAAUCGAACAAACAGCCUCUUUGGUUAGAGGCAGGUAGAUUUGAUGAAAUUAUACACUGUUUUGCUUUGGGGAAAACCUUUAUGAGAGUGUGCAAUAAUAAUGGCACCGUCAAUGAUUUUAAAGGGUUUUGCAUUUACUAGCAUAAUUAUUAUUCACUUUCAUCCUUUGUAUUUUAUUUGUAUCAAUCAUAAGCUCAUACGCAAAUAGAUUAAGUCAGAGAUCUAUAAGGUAUGCAGCUACCAUGUGUGUGCAAUGUGAUGAAAUGCAAAGUUUCCCCGGGUUCACCGCUGUUGCAUCUGAAGACAUCGACAGAUUACGGUCUGCGAAAAACAAGUCUUCAUGCUGUUCUUCAACUGACAAAAUUCUGAGGAUGCAAAUUCGGAAGAAGAUGGAUGAGCAAGUUUACGAAUACACCUCUGGUUUAUCUGCAGAAAUGAUAACACAUAUCUUGGGGAAAAACAACUGUGACUUAGUUCGCCUGGACGAAAACGUGCCUCGAGCAAAAGUUGUUGGCGUUGUUGACCACGUGAGGUCCUCUUUUCAAACUGGCCUCCGAAAAGUUCGGUGGAAGAAGAACGUUGAUUCAGCAACAAAUGGGGAUAUAACACACUUGGAAGAAGAAGGGGAGAUAUUCACCAAACAGCCUGGUACAUACAUAGUACUUUCAAAGCUAAGGAUACAUCGGGAUCCGUCUGCACCGUUUGCGGCCAACCUUUCCCACGUUUUGUACCGGUACUCACAUAGGGAUAGGUCGGAAACUGUUCUCAUGCAGAAGAGCAGGACAAUGUGCAACAUAGGUGAUGGUCUGUACGAUAGUUUCAUUUCAGCGAUUUUUCGAUUUCACAAGUACGAUCGCAUAUCCGUUCACACGACACACGCGCAACAUUUACAAAUCAACGACACGGAAAACUUUUUUGGUGUGUUCUUUACGUAUGACAUGUACUAAAAUUGCAAACACAUUCUGUAUCGUUAUACACACGUUUUCGAGUAAAGAUGUUUUGUACUCUGGUAUAUUUGAGCAAAGAUAUAAUAAUAAAGCUAUUUUAAUAACUGUUGUUUGGAGUUACACUGUCAUACUUUGUUAACAUUUAUUAGAAAUUGAUCGAGUUAUUCCAUUCAUUAGAUUCAUCUUUUACCAAGAUUUUUCGGCUGUUGACUUUUGCAAAUUUUCUUUUUUAACAAAUUGCUUUCGUUAUUUGUCACUAAACGUUGAAUAAAACGUGUUCACAU